AUGCGAAAGAGGUGCAUUUCAGGGGUGUACGGCGCCGCUAAGAUUCGAGAUCUAGGGAAGAAGAGUCAUGUGUGGUUGGGGACGUUCGACACGGCGGAGGAGGCGGCGAGGGCGUACGACGCCACCGCGAGGGAGUUUCGCGGCAACAAAGCCAGGACUAAUUUCCCGGUGCCGGAGGAGGUGAGUGUGAGGAACUUUAUCAAUGGUGGUGGUGAGAAGAUAGAUGUGAUGAUGAUCGAGAAGAGUAGUUGCAAUAAGAGUUCGGAUGAGAGUAGUACCAUGGAGUCGUCCGGGUUUUCACUGGCGCUAAUGGUUGAUUCGUCGCCGUUGGAUCUUAAUAUCUCUCACGGCGCCGGAGGCGUAGCUCGAUUUGGCUCCGCCGUGUGGGUUUGGUCAAACAAGGUGCUGGAGAAGGGUGGAGACCCCGAGAGGGUGUAUCAUGGGUCUUCGGGUAUUUUUAAUACAAUGGUGGAAUCUGUUUGUCUUUCUGACAUUUGGAUCAAAGGAUUGAAGUGUAGAUCCCAAUUUUGCCCUUUUCGAGGAAUUAGUGAUUAA